ACUGUGUACUAAGCCUUAUGUAUACAUAAUUUAAGAUAAUGUUGCUAUACCUUGGGUACCUACCUGUUAUGAGAGAGAAGAGCAAACUCUUUAGAAUUGAAGUAAGGGACUUACCUACUAUAAUCUCUCUUCAACAACAUUAAACGCUGCAUGACAUCAGUGGUUCUCGGGCUUUGCAGUUUCACCCAGUUUACUAGUGUGCCAUUACUACGUAUCAUAAUAAGUAUCAUCGCCCACUGCUCAACAAGUCAAUUCAAAGGGGAAAGAAAAGAGACGCUACGCUACAUCUUAUCUAAAUACCUACCUAACCUACAGGCUAUAGGUACUCUAUGUACCCACCCAAUGUGGUUUUUCGCAUAUCCCACCUACAUUUCAUCGUGCACGCUUGGGUCUCGGUCGACGACAUCCUCGAGUAGGACCACAGUUACCCAAUCGGGGUAUGAACCGAGGUAAGUGGAGGGCGAAACAAGACAAGUAGCACCGAACGGCGGACAUUUUGCCGUUGUCUUCACUUUAAUAUAUAUAUGCUGUAACUUACCUCAUCUUUAUACUAGGUAAUUAUAUAUA